CGGUGAUAACAUGAGUUGGAUCAGUCCGUUGGAUGCAGGUAGUAAAACAUUUCAUCGUGUACUUCACUGUUGACGUUCAGCUGUCAAACAGAACAUCACAAAUACUCUGAUUCAAAGUACCAACAGAAAAAGUACUUUAUCUUGAUGUACUUGUCAUACAAAACCACAGUUAUUUAGCCCUGUUAGAAACUUUGACACUUUCUGCAUUGAGUCAGAAUCUGAAUUCAAGAUCGCCGUUACCGCCGUCACAGCCGUUAGAAUGCCGUUCAUCGAGCACGUAUCGGACUCGGACCUGGAGCGCUUGGCGUUGGAGCGGGUCGUCCCGGCGCUGCUGGAUCACGGAUUCUGCUACGUGGACGGCGUGCUCGGGGAGCUGGCCGGAGCCGCCGUGCUGGACCAGGUGAAGGAGAUGCACCGGAGCGGAGCGCUGCAGGACGGCCGGCUAGCGGGCUCCGUGCCCGGCGUGCACCGGAGGAGCAUCCGCGGGGAUAAGAUCGCCUGGGUGAGCGGCGCCGAGCGCGGCUGCGAGGCGAUCAGCUUCCUGCUCAACCUGAUCGAUAAGCUGAUUUCCGUGUGCGCGAGCCGGCUCGGGAGCAAGAAGAUCCGGGAGAGGUCCAAGGCCAUGGUGGCGUGUUACCCAGGAAACGGGGCUGGUUACGUCAAACACGUGGACAACCCGAACUGCGACGGGCGCUGCAUCACCUGCAUCUACUACCUCAACAAGAACUGGAGCGCCACGGAGCACGGUGGCGUCCUCAGGAUCUUUCCGGAGGGGAAAUCCUACGUGGCCGAUAUCAAGCCGCUGUUCGACCGGCUGCUGUUCUUCUGGUCCGACCGUAGGAACCCACAUGAGGUGCAGCCCUCCUACGCCACCAGGUACGCCAUCACAGUUUGGUAUUUUGACUCUGAGGAGAGAGCGGAGGCGAAGAGACGCUUCAGAGACUUGACAGCUCCAGCUGAUAGUUUGCAAACGUCGCCCCCUGGUGUUUGACACCCUGCUCUGCAGUAGAGGACAGCAGGACUCGCAAAGCUUUCUGGGAAAGCUAAAAGAAAAGGAAAAAAAAAAAAAGGAUCACUCUGCGUCCCGUCGUCGCUCCGGUUGUUGAAAGAACCUGACGAACGACGCGUUCAAGUAACCUGCAGCUGCUCUGGACUUUUCCUGCUUUACGUGACGUUUGUGCAAUGCUCUCUGUGAGACGGAGGAAAACGGUGGACUUGCACCUUUUUAAGCCUUCGGCUCGCUUCAAACUAGAAGAGGAGGAGAGAUGACGAACUGUCUUUGAGGUUUACAGACAGCAAAACAUCAGAGACAUGAUGCUUACAAUGCUGUGUGAUAGAAAGGUGUCUUGUUCUGGAGAAAGUGAGCACAACAUAAUGUGUGCAUCGAAGAAAACAACUUGUAUGCAAAACGAUCUUGUUUGCACAGAAUAUGGAAAUGUUUCGUGUUCGAAAAACCUUUUCUUAUACACACAAGAUAAUAAACAUCAGGGGUGCUCCGUAAGAGACUUAAUUGUUAAAUGUUGAAUGGAUGCUUGACUGUAGGCAAAUUCCGCAUGUUCAGCACUGAACUAAACGUUCUCUAAUUUACGCUAGCAAUAAAUUGAAAGUGCACUAAUUGAACACUUUACAGUUUACCUGCAAUUACUACCAAAUUAAUAGUUCUUUCCUGGAAACUUUGUAGGAAAUUUGACGGACAAAUCUUAACAAAGAACUUCUUUUGUUUUUCUUAACUGAAUGUUCACAGAUUACUUUUUCCGAAACUUUCAAGGGCAUCUUUGCAUUGAGGAAACUGCUCAAGAACUGUGAGGAAAGUUAGAAAAGGGCCAAUAAGUGGACCUUACGAUAUUUUAUUUGAUUUAUUUGUCAAGUUACUGUUUCUCAGGAUAACCUAUUAGUAUAAAAUAUCGUUUAGGAACCGGUAUCGAUGUUCCGGUAUUGGUAUCAAAAUUUUUUCACGAUAGUCAGCCCUGUUGUGAACAGAUGAAUAAUUGAUGCUCCGUUCAAACGGCUCUACAAAAACAUCAUUAAGCCCAAGUCGCCAUCUUACACCGCCUUUUUCACUGCAGCCGGAGAUACGCUUUAAUACAACAUGUUGUUGUAACUGCACUGUGUUUGGUGAAAGAGAAAUAUUUUGUCUGUCUGCAUUCACUGAAUGCUAUGGAAACUGUCACAAUAUUUACCGACUUGUGGAAUUAAAUUCAAGAUUGUG